AUAUUCGCAAGCAGCAACACUACUGGUCACAGCGAGUGCAUACGCACAGAGAGAGAGAGAGAGAGAGAGAGAGAGAGAGAGAGAGAGAGAGAGACCGAGCCAUGACUUAAUAAAGAACCACUCUAUAUAAAAAAAAAUAUCACUGCUACCUACCGUUUUAUUUGUUUCAUUAAAAAAAAACAUUGUGGUUCUUUUAUUGUUUUCGUUCUUAUGUUUUUUAUUCACGCGGUAUUUUCUUUUCGUGUUUGUUGUGCUCAUGAGAAGCUAGCUAACGCUUUCCUAAUACAUGGUGCAACUGAAAAUGUCCAAAUCUUCCGCAGCUCACGCGUCUGCUGCUGAAACGGGCUCUCAAUCACACUAUUUUCAGCUUCCGAGGAAGCUGCCCAAACGGAAAAGUCGGUUUAAACGUUCUGACGGAAGUACGUCCUCAGACACAACAUCCAGCGUCAUAAAACGACAGGGUUCAGCCGAUUCGUACACGAGCAGACCAUCGGAUUCCGACCUGUCCCUGGAGGAGGACCGCGAGGCGUAUCGGCGUGAAGCCGAGCGCCAGGCCCUGCUGCAGCUCGAGAGAGCCAAGCCAGUUUGUGUCUGUGUGCACGUUGUCCUGCAGACUAAACCGGUCGCGUUUGCUGUGAAAACGAAUGUCAAUUACUGUGGGGCUCUAGAUGAAGACUGUCCAGUCCAAGGUGCUGCUAUCAACUUUGAAGCCAAAGACUUUCUACACAUUAAAGAGAAAUAUAACAAUGACUGGUGGAUCGGAAGGCUAGUGAAGGAGGGGUGUGACAUCACCUUCAUCCCGAGUCCACUCCGGCUGGAAGCAAUGAGGCUCAAGCAAGAACAGAAACCAAGGAAGCCUGGGGGGAACUCGUCAGCCAGUCUGGGGGAUAUGGUCUCAGGAGGAUGGAGAUCCACUCCUCCUUCCACUGCCAAACAGAAGCAAAAACAGACGGAGCAUAUCCCCCCCUACGACGUGGUUCCUUCCAUGAGGCCGGUGGUGCUGGUUGGUCCCUCGCUGAAGGGAUAUGAGGUGACUGAUAUGAUGCAGAAGGCACUGUUCGAUUUCCUGAAGCACAGGUUUGAUGGAAGAAUAUCUAUCACACGGGUAACUGCUGACCUUUCUCUCGCCAAACGAUCCAUUCUCAACAAGAAAACCAUCAUGGAGCGCUCCAACACACGUUCCAGUUUAGCGGAGGUGCAGAGUGAGAUUGAAAGGAUCUUUGAGCUGGCUAAGACUCUACAGCUGGUGGUACUGGACGCAGACACAAUCAAUAAUCCGGCACAACUCGCCAAGACCUCGCUCGCUCCCAUCAUUGUGUACGUCAAGGUGUCCUCGCCAAAGGUGCUGCAGAGACUGAUCAAGUCGAGGGGAAAGUCUCAGACCAAACACCUGAAUGUGCAGAUGAUGGCUGGGGAUAAACUUGUCCAGUGCCCCCCGGAAAUGUUCGACGUGAUCCUCGAUGAGAACCAGCUGGAGGAUGCUUGUGAACACCUGGCUGAAUACCUGGAGGUGUACUGGCGUGCGACACAUCUACCUGGUUCCACCCCCAUCAACCCCCUGCUGGAACAAAACCUGAUGACACCACCCUCCGUCAUAUCCAGUUUACAGGAGCAGCAGCUGCAGGAGGAGCGGGGGGAGCAGGACAGCCUGGUGCAGUCGGACGAGACGAGUGAGACCUCGCGAGGGGACGGCAGGGCCUGGCAGCCGCCCUCGCAGCGCGGCUCCCGCCAGCUUGACACGGACGAGUAUUCGGACGCCUACCAGGACCUAUACAAACCCCACCGCAACCCCACCCCCAGCCUGCGCAGCGCCAACGGGCACGACUCCCAGGACCGGCUGCUGGAGCGCGACUCGGAGCAGAGCCACAACGAGCACAACAACCGCCAGCGCAGCCGGGCGUGGCCGCGGGACAGCUACUGAACGCCACCCGUUGGUGGUGGUGGUGGGGGGGGGGUUGCAGUUGGUGACGGUAACACUUUUGUCAGUGGCGUUGUUUUUUUUUUCUUUCUGUUCCCUUAGAUUUUUAUGAUGUUUGCCAUCCUUCGGGGUGCUUCUGGAGUCAGGGUGGCUCCAAGUUCAGGAGGUGCUCUUCAGUUCUAGUGUGCCUGGCAAGAUCAGCCAGUGGCUUUAUAUACGUAACCACCAGCGCCAUCUAGUGCACAGCAGUGUAUUGCCAGCAAAACUAAAGCAAACUUGUGGCAGGUCACUAGCUCGUGCUGGCCUUGCUUCUAAAACAACCCUCGAUCUGAUCUUGUAUUUACAGCAGGCAGAUGGAACUGAAGAGCAGCUCCAGAACUCAGGCUAAAGCAGGUUAACAGAAAAAAAGGAAUUGAGUAAUUUACAAUGAGAAGCCUUUAUCAUAAACAUCAUAAAGUAAAGGGACAGAAAAAAAAACAGUGGAACAUUUUGAAGCCGUUUACAUCUUGUCUUCUAUCUGCUGUAGUUUUUCGAUCUCCGUUUGAAUGGCACACUCAUCCACUUCCUGUGCUGUAGGUAUCCGCGGAGUAAGAUGUGAGGUCCCACUCUAGUUACUACGGGAUGUUUUUCAUUGAGCACUGGCGUAUGUGGUAGCACUUCAGAGUAGAAGAAUAGUAGGUAGCUAAUCAGGUAAUUACAGCUGG